GAACAGGUACACAACAAAAAGUGAGAUCCUUGACAUUGUCAGAGGUUUGAGGCACAUAGGUGGAAGACCCCUCAACACUGGAGCAGCUCUCCAGUACGUGAGGGAUACUGUCUUCACUCCCUCUGCCGGAAGCAGGCGCCUGGAAGGAGUUAAACAAGUCCUGAUAUUGAUAAGUGGGGAAGGGUCUUCUGACAGUGUUGAUGCAGCAGCCUCUGCUCUCAAACAGCUGGGUGUCUUGACCUUUACAAUUGGAACCAGAAGCUCUGAUAGCAGAGAACUGCAGAAGAUAUCCCACCAUGCCAAUUCUGCUCUCUCAGUGUCUGAGUUCACUGACCUUCCCCAUAUCCUAGAGCAACUCCAGUCCUCCUUGGAGGCUGUGGUUAUUGACAUCACCCCAGAAUCCCCAACUGUACUCGGUAUGUUGACAAGCACUUCCUAAUGCUGGCCAGAAAAACUACCUGACUUGUUUCGCCUACACAGAGGGAAAUAAAUCAAGUGCAAUUCCUGUUUAGCUCUACGUGUGGUUUAAAAUAGAGGCAGUGCUGCUCUUUCCCACUGUUUAACCUCAGCGUAGGCAGUGCUAGGUGCUUUAAAAAAAAUACCUCACCACUUUAAGAUUGGUCCAGGAGCUUACUUUUUACAAAUGUUUUUAUUUUUUGUCUUCCUGUCUUUACUUAGUUGAAACUGGCAAAAAAGAUAUUGUAUUCCUUCUGGAUGGUUCUAAUAGCACAAGGAAUGGCUUCCCCGCCAUGCGUGAUUUCGUAGAGAAACUGGUAGAGAAACUCAAUGUGGGAGAAAACAAAGACCGUGUCUCUGUAGUCCAGUACAGCAGAGAUGCAGAGGUCCAUUUCUAUCUGAAAACAUACACAACAAGAGAGGAUAUUGUGGACUCCAUAAGAGGGCUGAGACCCAGAGGAGGCGGUCCCCUCAACACCGGUUCUGCCCUACAAUACGUCAGCGAUAAUGUAUUUACAAACUCCUCCGGGAGUAGGCGCCUGCAAGGUGUUCCACAGAUGUUGAUCUUGCUGAAGGGUGGAAGGUCUUUUGACGAUAUAGAUACUCCAGCCUCUGCUCUUAAACAGCAGGGCAUCUUUGUGAUUGGCAUUGGAACAAGGAGCUCUGACAGUGGAGAGCUGCAAAAAAUAUCAUAUGACCCUAAUUACACUCUCUCAGUGUCUGAGUUCACUGACCUCCAGAAUGUCCAAGAACAGCUCCUCUCUCUAAUAAGCACAGCGCUACUGAGGGCCACGCCCUUGAUUCCAACAGUAACUGUGGAGAGACAGCCAAAAGGAAGGGAUGUUGUUUUCUUGUUGGAUGGAUCUAAUGGGACUAGGACUGGAUUCCCAGCUAUCCAAGACUUUGUCCAAAGAGUAAUAGAACGACUGAGUGUGGAUGAUAACACAGACCGUGUCUCAGUGGUUCAGUACAGCAAAGAUCCAGCUGUCCAGUUCUAUCUGAACAGGUACACAACAAAAAGUGAGAUCCUUGACAUUGUCAGAGGUUUGAGGCACAUAGGUGGAAGACCCCUCAACACUGGAGCAGCUCUCCAGUACGUGAGGGAUACUGUCUUCACUCCCUCUGCCGGAAGCAGGCGCCUGGAAGGAGUUAAACAAGUCCUGAUAUUGAUAAGUGGGGAAGGGUCUUCUGACAGUGUUGAUGCAGCAGCCUCUGCUCUCAAACAGCUGGGUGUCUUGACCUUUACAAUUGGAACCAGAAGCUCUGAUAGCAGAGAACUGCAGAAGAUAUCCCACCAUGCCAAUUCUGCUCUCUCAGUGUCUGAGUUCACUGACCUUCCCCAUAUCCUAGAGCAACUCCAGUCCUCCUUGGAGGCUGUGGUUAUUGACAUCACCCCAGAAUCCCCAACUGUACU